AAUAGAAUGAUACCUACCAGUCCGUUUACUAACACCACUUCAAAAGACCAAUUUUGGUUCUGUCAAAGUUCUUUCAUAUUUUAUUUCCUGGUGAAGUCGAUUUCGAUUCCCAAGUUUUUCAACAAACUCGCAAAAUGGGUCGAAUGCAUGCCCCUGGCAAAGGUAUAGCCCAAUCGGCUUUACCGUAUAGACGAAGUGUUCCUACAUGGUUAAAAGUGACCCCAGAGGAGGUAAAGGAGCAAAUAGUUAAAUGGGGUAAAAAGGGUCUCACUCCCUCCCAGAUCGGUGUUAUCCUAAGGGAUUCUCAUGGCGUUGCGCAAGUGAGGUUUGUUACUGGCAACAAAAUCUUGCGUAUUAUGAAAGCUGUAGGUCUAGCACCCGACUUACCUGAAGAUUUGUAUUAUUUGAUCAAGAAAGCCGUUGCCAUUCGCAAGCAUUUGGAACGCAACAGAAAAGACAAGGACAGCAAGUUUCGCUUAAUUUUAGUGGAAUCCCGUAUCCACCGUUUGGCCAGAUACUAUAAAACCAAAAAUGUACUGGCACCCAACUGGAAAUAUGAAUCAAGUACAGCAUCUGCCUUGGUGUCUUAAUUUAGAACUGUAACAAUUUUUUAAAAUAUUAAAAAUAAAUAUAAAGA